GGUUGGCAUACUUCUGUUACACACAAUAUUUUUAUGUUAAAUAUAAUAUUAAUAUUUAGAGCGAUACAGAUACAGAGCAGUCAAAGUCGCAAGUUGGCCUCAAUCACAAAACCCUGUAGAAAACUACAGUCAUGGCAGACUGGGCAGACUCAACAAACUCAGGUGUAGAAGUAAUGGCAAAGCAAGAUGUAGCAGAAGAACAGAACCAUGCAUUGGAAAAUGAGUCUAAUGAGUCUAUGUCCGAGACUGGAUCUUCAAAUAUUGUAGAGGGCGGUGUUGAUGAUGACAGCAGUACACUUCUUCACUUCAAAGAAUCUAAAGAAAGUGGUUCCAGAUUGCAUACUGUACCAAGGUUCCAAAUUUCGACUUUAACAACAGAUAGUAUGCUUGAUAAAUCUGCACUAUUGAUACAGAGAUCAUCAACUCCAAAUCAAUGCCAUCAGCAGGAGACUGGUGCAUCAAAUCUGCUGGAAGAUGCUUCUGGAGAUCAUAGCCACAGCACAAACAUAGCAGAGGAAAAGUUAAUCGUUCCUCAAUCUGGCAUCAGUUAUGCUGAUUCAAAUGGAUACCUAGAUAAACAGCAUGAAACAGAUGCACAUUCAGUAGAAGAAAAUGGUAAAGAGAAUAGUGGAGACCUCAUAGGGAAGACAUCCCUUCCAGAUCAUCCUUUAUCUGGAAAAAAGAAACAAUCCGAUAUUUCUGUGGUGAAUCUUAAUAGAAUUAUAAAACUGGCACAAAGACGAAAGAAAGAGCUCUUUAAGAGUCAUGUGGAUGAUUUAAAAAGUUUGGAGGCAUCUUCAAAUAAAGGUGAUGUUGAAGAUUCAAAGGGAAAAACCACUGGUGGAUUCCAAAGCUGGGAUGGUUUCCAUAGACAACCACACAAAGAGGAGGUUGAAGAGGAUAAUAAGGAUUCGGCAUUUGAAUUACAAUGUAAAACACAUGGCCGUCCAAAAUCACAUUUUUGCAUUAGCUGUGAAGUAUAUACAUGUUUCCAGUGUUUAUAUACGCACUUUGGACAUGAUGUAAAACAUAAAGAUGAGAUUGUUAACUCAAUAAUGGAAAAGAUAAAGUUCAUGUCGGACUGUAUUGCAUCUAGUAAAAGCCUUGUGAACCUCCACGGCAGGAAUGCAAUUAAACAACAGUUUUUGGGCUUAAAACAGAACACAGAUGGUUAUUUAAGAAAGUUUGGAGAAUAUAAAUGUGCACAAAUUAAACGACUGAACCAGGAGGAAUCCAGAUUACAAGAUGAGAUUGCAGACAUGCACCAGACCAAGAAACAGAUAUGGAAACAAAAAAAGCAGUUGUUGAAAAAUGUUGAAAAAGACCUUCAAAUUAUAAUUGCAAAAGCUAAACUCAACGGGAAUUCAGGAAAUGAGCAAAAUUUACAACAAAAGUUACAGUAUCUAAAAAGAGGGCAAGAAAUUUUGGAUAAGUUACCAUCGCUUUACUGUCAGGUAUUGUCGCAUGAAGUGGACCCAGAACCAGUAGAUAUUCAGAUGGAUCCAAUUUCGAACAAAUGGAAGUUUGUUAAGAGUAGCACAGUUUUUAAACCAGAAUUAGAUGAGUCAUUGACUUAUUGUGCAGCAGUAUCCAAGAACGUGAAAUUUAAGGCCACAGAAGGAUGUGACAAAGUGCAUCGUGGUGCAGAAAAUGAUAUUAAAGUUAGAUAUCGGACUGUAUCCAGUAUGACUGAAUUUGAGAACUGGUCUUUUGAGGAAAUACGUUGGUCGCACUAUGUGUCUGAGAAGAUUGUAUCAUCAUCCCAGCAGAAUAAACUGAUGCUAGACCCAUUAUUUGACUUUGGGACUUCGUUUGUAGGCUUAAACAGUGCAAAGUCAACAGUCACAAGUACUUGGUUUUCACCAUCGAAAACGUCAUCCAGAACUGCCUCUUUGUUUGAAAGAAAAAAAACUUUGUCUGCUAAAACUGCAGUUGUUAAAACUUCAAAUCAAGCAAAGUCAACAGUCACAAGUACUUGGUUUUCACCAUCGAAAACGUCAUCCAGAACUGCCUCUUUGUUUGAAAGAAAAAAAACUUUGUCUGCUAAAACUGCAGUUGUUAAAACUUCAAAUCAAGCAACGCCAACAACAUCAUCUUCGGGAACAUGCAGUUUUGGUAGUAAUAUAUCUGCAUUUGAGCAACAGAAAACAUCUUUAGACCCAACAAAACCAGUACAAUAUUCAGGAACAUUCAGUUUUGAUAGUUUUUUAGCAAAAUUCGAACAACCGAAAUCAUCAUCAGACCAAACAACGUCAACAACAAUACAUAGUUAAAUAUUAAUAAAGAAAAAAGCCAACCGAGAUGAUGAUAGAAUAAUUAUUACAUAAAUUAGACAACAAAGAUAGACCAUCAUGAUUGGCGAGGUUUAUCAGUAUCACCCUCCGAAUUUUUAUUAUACCAACAAGAAACACUAUAUAUUAUUUUAUAUUCAGUUUAGUUUCUUUUAAUGAUCUUAAUAAAAACUUUAUAAUUAUUUAAUAUUGUAAUGUAUUGUCAUAAUACAAAUAAUAAUUUGUAUUAUUUUCUUUCAAGUUAUCCUUUUUAAAUGAAGAAUUUUAUUACCUUUUAAAAAUUUAAUUUUCCCCCUACUACACUAUGAUGAUUUCCUAGCGCCACCCCUGCUACAAAGUAACUUCUCAGAUGCAUGGGUUGAGAGAAAUAUUGAUAUUUUGUAGCCCAAUAAUAUUGAAUACCAUAGUAAAAGUACAAUUGUAUUGUACUAUAAGUUGAUUGUACGAAAUAAGUUGAUAGAUACAUAUACUGAUUUUAUCUACUUGCAGUGGCGUAUCUAGGGUUCUUGAAGUGGGGUGAUGAUGGGGGUGGGGGCAAGAAGGUGAAUUGCGGGGAUAGAUGUUUGGUUGAGGAGGUGCUAACUCGCAAAAUAAGAUGAUUUUACUGUAGGUGCUUUUGAACAUUUCCAUGAUUUUUUGGGGGCACGAGUAAUUUUGGAGGGGCGUGCACAUCCCCUAGAUAUGCUACUGACUACUUGAGUGUCACAUGUUUUUGCUUUGAAAAUUUCCAGUUGGGGAAAGUGAUUCGUGGCGUCAGGGCCAGAUUAAUAGGGGCUUUGGGGCGCCAGCCCAGGCCAAUUACAGGCCCCAAAGGGAAAAUACAGGCCACUGAACCCCAGAAAAUCUGGUUUUAUGUUUUAGGUUUACUUGCAAUUACAGCCCCAGGGCCCACAGCCCUUUAAUCUGGCCCUGGUUGGGUCCUCUGGCCCUGUACCCCCUGUACUUUACAGGCCACUAGAAACGACAAAACUGCUGUUAUUCUUUUGUUUUGUCAAGUUUGUUUUCUGUGAACUUCAUUCUAAAGCCAGGCACACACUAUGUCAUACGAAUCCAUCUGCGUGAGGUGCCUGGUUAUUUUGAGGCUCAUUGUUCUUAUUUUUGGGCCGAUUUCCGGCUUGCUCAAAUUAUUGAGCUAUUUCCCGUACGAUUAAAAUCGUAACGGUACUGGGUUUGGUCUACAGGAGCUCGUGUUUCGUACAGGUCAUUCCAUUCAUAGAAAAAGCCUUUAAUGGUGAA